UCAUCUGAGAAUUGAUAACAAACUUUCCCUCUCUCUCUUCUCUUCUCUACUUUCCUCUCCUUCUUCUAUCUGAUUCCACCGCCGGGAGACUUCACCGAUCCAAAGCGUGACAAAUACCGUGCGCAGAUUUUCCUUCCGCAGCAGAAAACGAAGACGAAGUACCCAACCGUCGCCCGCCGUCACUACUUCCAACCGCAGAUGACGUUGAGAUCUCCCUCGGGGAAGAAACGGAGGGACCACGCGAUGAAUUCGGGAGUCUCAGCCGACGAGACCAGGCGAGGGAGAAACGGGUGGGAGAGUCGGGGAGGACCGAGAGUGGAAUUGGGCCUUCUCCACGACCUUGAGUGCGUAGGGGCCGGUGGCGGAAGGGACGGAGGCUCGGUCGUGGAUGAGGAAGACCGUCCCCAUGGCGCCCUUCCCGAGGACCUUGAUGGCGACGAGUUAGUCCAUUUUUAUUUGGGAGGAGGAGUAGUGUUUGGCGUCGCAGUCGAGCAGCGGCGCCGCGGCAGUGAGGGCGAUUCCAUUUUUUGGUUGUGUUCAGGCUAUGGAGAAAGAGGGAGCUGGGGGUGGGGGAUGUUUGGUGGCGGUUCCAUCAUCGUCGAGACAACCGCCUCACCAGCCCAGUCGCCGGACCGCCGAAUCGCUAGGCCACCGUCGCGGUUGCACCACCAGGCCACAAGUUCACAACCAUCCCACUGCCCCUUGUUGCAGAUCGCCGCCACCAAAAAACCGCAUCACCAACCCCGCUAGGCUUAGGUUUUAAAUUUUAUGUUUGUAAUGAUGAUGAUAAUUAUGUGGAAUAUAUGAAAGAUUAAAUAUUGAUUUUUUUUAUUUUUCAAUUGUCACGUCACACAUUUAACAGUCAACUUUGAGAGUUGACUGCCACAUCAGCGAAAGUUAACGGAGUUGGACGGAGAGUGAUUGAACUUGAAAUGUUUAACUAAUUUUAGUGACCACGAAUGGAAUUAGAUAAUUUUAGUGAACAAACAUGAACGUUUUUAGUAAUCUCGGUGACUAACCUUGCAAUUUACCCAAUAAAUAAGUAAGAUGUCA